UGCCUCUGAGGCCCUCCUCCUCGACUUUUCGUCUCAGUGUAGGUGAGACCAGUUUCCCUUUCCUCCACCUCCUGCUCUCCAUGCGUCUGUGCAGCUGUUGGAUGGAUGCAGAACAGCUUCUGAGUGGAGUCUGGAGCUUUUGAAGAAGAAGAAGACCAGUCAGUGCAGCUCAGACAAGAUGAUGCUUUGAUUUCUCUGAAGAUUAGUCAUUUAUUGAGGCUGUGAAGAACAGAAACCGUCAACAUGUCUGAGAAAAAGAUGACUUCAAGCCGCAGGCACCACCUGAAGAGUUUGGUUCUUCAGGUUGCCGCCAAUUGGCUUGAACAGGAGAAAAAGGAACUUGUGGCCGCCAAGGAGGCUUACAUGUCUGAGAAUUGUCCUGCUCCUGACAUGAGUGGAGACCAAGCUGCCCUCAUGGAAACCUGCAAAAAGCUGUACGCUCUCAUUGACAAGAUUGAUGAAGACAGGUAUGACCUGGAGGCCAAAGUGGGAAAGGCCGAUAAAGAGAUCCAAGACCUGAAGAUCAAGGUUGUUGACCUUCAGGGAGUGAAGAAGCCCGCCCUGAAGAAGGUGCGCAUGUCAGCCGACGCCAUGCUGAAGGCCCUGCUGGGCUCCAAACACACGGUCAACAUGGAUCUGAGAGCCAACCUCAAGCAGGUCAAGAAGGAGGUCAAAGAGGAGCCCACAGAGGCAGUCGGCGACUGGCGUAAGAACAUUGAGGACAAGGCUGACAGGAAGAAGAUGUUUGAGACCUCCUAAAGAACUAAACUGAAGCUCUGCAGCCGUGCUGGGCUGCUGCCGCUGCUUGUUUUGUUUUUUUGUUUUUUGAACUUCUGGAAUUUGUCAUUGAAUUGAAAUACAUUUGUUUCAUGAAGUCAGAAUUAAUGGUGGGAGCAGCUGUAGCUCAGAGGGGCUGAGUUCAAUCAGAAGGUUGGUAGUUUGAUCCCAAGCCUCCACAUGCUGAAGAUCCUAAAGGGCAUGUUGUCCUUGAUGUGGUCUUCUUUUGUAAGUGGGUUGGGAUGAAAGUAUAAGCAACGUGAAUAAAUGUGAUGGUUCAGA